AAAAAAAAGAAAAAAAAAAAGAAAAAAGAAAAUCGGCUUCGUCCCAAAACAAGCCCACAAAAUUUUUGUCCCUCAUCUCCUACCUUUCCGUUCUCUCCGCUGGUGCUCAAACUCGCUGCGACGUCGACCAUGUUCUCAUCCAAAUGCCACUCCAUCAUCGUCUCCUGCAACUACCCAUCUCUCCCCCCUCUCCCCAAAACCCUAACCCUAAUCUCCCGGUCCCAGCUCCCACUUAACCCCAAAACCCUAAUCCCCGCCUCGUUUCUCCUCCCGAGAGCUCGAGCCCUCUCUUCCAGGGUAGCGGAUUCCCCCCAGAUUAGUCGAGGUUCGGUCCCAAGAAGCGACGUUGCGAGCCCAAUUGAGGAGAAAGAGAAUUCCCCCCAUAUUAGUCGAGGUUCGGUCCCAAGAAGCGACGUUGAGAGCCCAAUUGUGGAGAAAGAGAGGGGAGGUGGUGCGGGGAGGAAUGGAGAUGGUGGUGGUGGUGGUGGUGGGAGUGGAAAUGGGAGUGAUUGGACCACCUCUCUUCUGCUCUUUGGGCUGUGGGCGGGUCUCAUGUACUACGUUUUCCGGAUGGCGCCGGACCAGACCCCGUAUAGGGAUAUGUAUUUUCUGCAAAAGCUACUGAAUCUGAAAGGAGAUGACGGCUUUCGGAUGAAUGAGGUGCUUGUGGCUCUGUGGUACAUUAUGGGUUUGUGGCCAUUAGUGUAUAGCAUGUUGUUGAUUCCUACUGGUAGAAGUUCAAAAACUAAGAUUCCUGUCUGGCCUUUCCUAGUUCUUUCCUGUGUUGGUGGUGCAUAUGCUCUUAUUCCAUACUUCGUUCUCUGGAAGCCACCUCCGCCACCUGUUAACGAAGAUGGAGUCAAUCGGUGGCCUUUGAAUUUUUUGGAAUCAAGGAUAACUGCUGGGGUCACACUAGCUGCAGGUUUGGGUCUAAUUGCAUAUGCUGGUUUCGCUGGUGAAGAUAACUGGAGGGAGUUUUAUCAAUACUUACGAGAAAGCAAAUUCAUUCAUGUAACAUGCAUCGAUUUUUCUCUACUCUAUGCCUUCUCUCCUUUUUGGGUAUACAACGAUAUGACGGCAAGGAGAUGGUAAAUACUAAAGACACAAACAUCAUGGUAGAAAUUAUCCUGUUAAAAACAAUAAAAGGAAAGAAACAUAAUAGG